UCAAGAUUUGUGAUGGCCGCCAGGCAUGGCACUGGCAGCUUGCUGGUCUUUGCUGUUGCUGUCUAACUUUGUGUCAUAAAAUCCAUUAUCUUGUUCAAUCAAUCAAUCAAUCAACCAUCAAGAUGACAUCCAAUCUUGUUUUUGUCGGAACUGUUGUUUGGGGGGUCUUCCUCCUCUCUGUGAAUGUGUCGGCCAUGGCCAUUGCCUUGCGGCCACCGCGCGUCAACAGCAGGGACGCUGCACUGCCACGGGUAUCCAUACAAGCGGGUGAGGACAUGAACCUGCUGGAUCAAGAUGGACCUCUUACUCUGGGCAAACCCAUUGCCUUUGAAACUCCCCUCUUUCGAGGACAAGUUCUCUUGCGCCUCCAAAGCGCUCGUUCGGAGGAUCAUGACCCAAAGCGUCACGACGAGUACUUUGCUCCCGGCCGCAAAGAUCGAUUGAUGCAAACGGUCUUGCAGGGACAAUUUCUCUUGCCCAAUAUUAAAAUGUCGGACAUUUAUGUGGGAAGUGUCUUUACCCAACCCCUCGUCAAGAAACCACCGGCCAUGGUAGCCAAGAUACUCGAAAAGGCACUCAAGAGGUCCCAACCAGGUGCCAUUGUCGAUCUACGUGCCGAUCAACCCAAGACUCUGGCAAUCUAUGCCGGAACGGCACAAUCCCUCAGUAUCGACUAUGAUAUUGAUAGUCUUCCCGACAUGUUGGCCACCGACAUUCCUGAAAAUGUGGCCAGCCAUUUGCCAUUUGGCACGGCGAGCCAGCGGGUCAAAACAUUAUCCCGACCCGAACAUGCGGAACAAUACGAGUUUGAUACCGACCAUGUCUACACCUUUCAUUCCUUUAAUGAAUUCAUGGAUUAUGGUACGGGAACUAUUAAGGUACCCAUCUAUGGACGCUAUAAUUUCAUACCUGCCGUGGGACCUCAGCCGCUCAUGGUCAGUGCGGUUUCGGGUGAGGGAGAGACGGUCUUUUCAUUGGCAGUGCAUCAUGACUAA